ACCAUCUUUCAAUUCUAGUGCCAUGAUGCUUGCCAAUUGCCAUUGCCUCAAAUUUUCCAAUCUUUGGAAGAUGCAAAAUCUUAAAUUUUUGAUUAACCCUAGUCCUUUCUUCUCAAUUUCUCUCUAGCAUAGAAAGACCAAGACAAGAACAAACAGAGAAAAAACAAACCACAAUUUUCCUUGUUCCAAUUUUCUCUCCCUUUUCUUCUUCCUCUGAGAUUUUCCUUAACUAUAUAGUACGAGGUAGCAGAAACCCAAGUUGUUGUUCCAAGUAGCAACAUCACUGGAAGCGGCACCACCAUCAUCAAUCAAUCUCAGAUCUCAAUCCGGAUCCCCAUCUUGUUCUUCUUGAUUGUUGAAUUUCUGGGGUCAAAGUUUUUAUGGCUUCUUCUGGGAAUCCAAAUCAACAACAACAAACUACCCAUUUUGAUUUCCAGAAGCUUUUCAAGGCAACACCACCACCUUCAAUCCCUAAUCCUUUGAACUCUUCUCCUUCAUUCCCUGCUCCUUCUCCUUCCACACCACCUCCUUCUUCAUACCCUACACCUUCUUCUUCUUACCCUCCACCCACUGGCACAAACCCUUAUCAUUUUCCUCACUAUCUUCCUCCUUUCACAAACCUCCACCACCAUAACCAGCAAGAACAACAACAACAACAACAACAACAACAACAACAACACCACCCUCUUAUCUUCCAUAACCUCCCUCAAAUGCAUGCUCCUCAGAGACCCAUUUUUCAACCCCCUUCUUCCUCUUCACCUUCAUCACCCCAUCUCCCAUCAUCCCCAAAUCCCAAUACCAAUACCAAUACCAAUACCAAUACCAAUACCAAUACCAAUACCAAUACCAAUACCACCUCUGGUGCAAGGUUAAUGGCUAUGUUGAACACCCAAAACCCUCAAUCCAAUCCAUCUUCAUCAGCAGCAGCACCAUCAAUACAACCUGCUGUUUCUGAAUUCUUAAUGCCACCUAAUCCUGCUGUGAUGGCCUCAGCUUCUUCUCCUGUGAAUCUGGCUAGCCCUCAGUCUUCCACUCCAGUAAGGAUGAUGAGUACCAAGAUUCCUAAGGGGCGCCAUUUGAUUGGAGAGCAUGUUGUUUAUGACAUUGAUGUUAGGUUGCAAGGGGAGGUGCAGCCUCAGCUUGAAGUCACUCCAAUCACCAAGUAUGCCUCUGAUCCUGGACUUGUGCUUGGCCGUCAAAUUGCAGUGAAUAGAUCUUACAUAUGCUAUGGACUCAAACUUGGUGCCAUCCGGGUUCUUAAUAUCAAUACUGCAUUAAGAUAUUUGCUUCGAGGUCAUACUCAGAGAGUAACAGACAUGGCUUUCUUCGCUGAGGAUCUUCACCUAUUGGCAAGUGCUAGCACUGAUGGGACAAUUUUUGUAUGGAGAAUCAAUGAGGGCCCUGAUGAGGAAGACAAGCCUCAAAUUACUGGAAAAGUUAUCCUAGCCAUUCAGAUGUUAGGAGAUAGUGAGUCAGUUCAUCCACGAGUAUGCUGGCAUCCCCACAAACAAGAGAUUUUAAUAGUUGCUAUUGGAAACCGUGUCCUCAAAAUUGACACUAUGAAAGCUGGGAAAGGUGAAAAAUUUUCCGCAGAGGAGCCUCUCAAAUGUAACAUUGAUAAAUUGAUUGAUGGGGUGCACCUCAUUGGUAAGCAUGACGGUAAUGUCACUGAAUUGUCAAUGUGCCAAUGGAUGAAGAGUCGAUUAGCUUCAGCAUCUGCAGAUGGCACGGUAAAGAUAUGGGAAGAACGGAAGGCAACACCACUUGCUGUUUUAAGACCGUAUGAUGGUAAACCUGUUGAUUCUGUGACAUUCUUGACAGCUCCUCACCGCCCUGAUCAUAUCAUUCUUAUCACAGUGGGGCCUCUAAAUCGGGAAGUGAAGAUAUGGGUAUCUGACAAUGAGGAAGGCUGGCUAUUACCUAGUGAUUCUGAGUCAUGGAAUUGUAUUCAGACUUUGGAUAUUAAAAGUUCUUCUGAACCCAACCCUGAGGAUGCAUUCUUUAAUCAAGUUGUAGCAUUGCCUCGUGCUGGUUUGUUUCUGCUAGCAAAUGCCAAGAAAAAUACAAUAUAUGCUGUGCACAUAGAAUUUGGAACCAAUCCAACUGCUACCCGCUUGGAUUACAUUGCUGAGUUCACAGUCACAAUGCCUAUAUUAAGUCUUACUGGAACUAGUGAUAGUUUACCGGAUGGAGACCACAUUGUACAGAUAUAUUGUGUCCAAACACAAGCUAUUCAGCAAUAUGGACUCACUUUGUCACAGUGUUUGCCUCCUCCCCUGGACAAUGUUGAACUUGAAAAAAUAGAAUCCUCUCGUGAUUUUGAUGCUUUGGAUGGUUCUACUAAUCAAGAAGCUGGAAAUAUGCCACAAGCUGGAAAUAUGGAUGGUUCUGAAAGUGCUGUCAUACGCCCAUCUGAAAGUUUGGCUUCUCCGGAUACUUCGGGUCUGCCUGAAACUUCAAUACCAGAUACAGAGACCAAGCCAAAUGAUUUAUCAUCUCAUAAUGGUUUUGAUCAUAUCCAUACUGCUCCACCUCCACUUCCUCUCAGUCCAAGUUUAUCACAAAAGUUACCUGGUUCCAAAAGUUCAAAUAAUUUAGAGACUAGUUCAACAAGUACUGAUCACAUCAAUGAGCAGCAGAGAAAUUUUGAUUCUUCCACUGAACAGAUAAUAGAGUCAGGAAAAGAUAAUGUGGCUGAAAUGCCUGCAUCAAGUGACAAUUUGCAAAAUACUGACAAAGUUGUACAGGAUGAUGUUUCUGUGGUUUCUAAUUCUCCUACAGUAUUUAAACAUCCAACCCAUUUGGUAACUCCAUCUGAGAUAGCCUCUAAAGCUGCUUUAUCUUCUGAGAAUUCCUAUGCUUCUGAUUGUAUGAAUGUUCAAGAUGUGACUUCCCACAGAGAUGCAGAAAAGUAUGAAGUAGAGGUUAAAGUGGUAGGAGAGACCGGCUCUAAUCAAGAAAAUAAUGAGCAUGACAGGGACAGAAACCUACAGACCAAUGUUAAUGAAAAGAAAGAGAAGUUAUUCUAUUCUCAGGCCUCCGAUUUGGGCAUUCAGAUGGCCAGAGAUACCUAUAACAAUGAGGUAGUUCAUCAGCCUGAUAAUAUUAAUACUAUUGGUGCACCUGAUCAAAGCUGUAGCUCUAUUGGGCAAGAAGUUAAAAACACAAGUAAGGAGGCACCUGCAAACAUCAGUGAAUCAGAAACUGUGGCUGCUACUUUGCUGUCUCCUGCACCAGCCGUGAAAAGUAAAAAACAGAAAGGAAAAAGUUCUCAAGUGUCUGCUACAUCUUCCCCUUCUCCAAGUCCUUUUAAUUCGACAGAUUCAUCAAAUGAUCAAGGUGGAAAUCCACGAGGCUCAUCAAUGGAGGUUGCUUCACCACAGUUAUCCAGUAUGCAGGAGAUGAUGGGCCAGUUAUUAAGCAUGCAUAAAGAAAUGCAAAAGCAGAUGAAUGUGAUGGUCUCUGCCCCAGUUACCAAGGAAGGCAAAAGAUUGGAAGUAUCAUUGGGUCGAGCCAUGGAGAAAGCUGUGAAGUCUAACACUGAUGCUUUAUGGGCUCGUUUACAAGAAGAAAGUGCAAAGCAAGAGAAGUUAGAGCGAGAAAAUAUGCAGCAAAUAACAAAUAUGAUCUCCAAUUUCAUAAACAAGGAUAUGCCAUCUCUGUUGGAGAAAAUCAUUAAGAAGGAAAUAUCUUCAAUUGGAACAACCAUUACCCGUUCGAUUGGUCACAUUAUAGAGAAAGCAAUAUCAUCAGCUGUUAUGGAGUCAUUCCAGAAGGGGGUGGGAGAUAAGGUACUGAAUCAACUAGAAAAAUCAGUUAGUUCGAAACUUGAGGCUACAGUGGCUAGGCAGAUACAAGCACAAUUUCAAACUUCUGGCAAGCAAGCUCUUCAGGAAUCACUUAAGACUUGUUUGGAAGCUUCAGUUAUCCCUGCAUUUGAGAUGUCUUGCAAAGCCAUGUUUGAACAGAUUGACGUCACAUUUCAGAAUGGACUUUUGAAGCACACUACUGCUAUUCAACAGCAGUAUGAUUCUACUCAUUCUCCACUCGCCAUCACUUUGAGGGAUACAAUUAAUUCAGCAUCAUCAAUCACACAAACAUUGAGUGGGCAAUUGGCCGAUGGUCAACGUAAACUGUUAGAAAUGGCAGCUAACUCCAAAGUAGCGGCAGAUCCCUUCGUGACACAAAUCAAUAAUGGCUUGCAUGAGAUGACUGAGGAUCCUACCAAAGAACUGUCAAGGUUAAUUGGUGAGGGAAAAUUUGAGGAAGCAUUUACUGGAGCCCUUCAUAGAAAUGAUGUUUCAAUAGUUUCAUGGGUGUGUUCUCAGGUUGAUUUAUCUGGUCUCUUAACAAUGGUGCCACUGCCAUUAAGCCAAGGAGUACUUCUAGCACUUCUACAACAAUUGUCCUGUGACAUCAAUCAAGAGACACCCAAAAAAUUGGCAUGGAUGACAGAUGUGGCUGCUGCUUUAAACCCAGCAGAUCAAAGGAUUGCACAGCAUGUAAGGCCAAUACUGGAUCAAGUGUCCCUGACUCUUAGCCAUCGCCGGAAUUUACCCAAUGCCCCUCCUUCAGAAGCGAGCACAAUUCGUCUUCUCAUGCAUGUUGUAAACUCGAUUUUAUUGAGCUGUAAAUGAGCGUAUCUCAUCAUCUGUGCAGAAAGUGUUGAGAAUCAUCAACCUUGGCUUGUAUAAAGCUGUAAAUGAGCGUAUUUCUAGACAGUUUGGAGGGGAUGGAGUGAACUACUCCAUUUAGUUGCCUGCUUGCCUUAGUACAACUGUUUUGUGUGAAAUAGUUUCACUUCUUCCGUCCCCCUCCUCAGUCUUAAUCUUCGCGGUUAGAGAUAUUGCCUUCAUCUGAGGGACAAGGAAAAGUGUGACAUACUCAAAAGAAGAAGUUAACAUCGUCACAUGAAUUUCCAAGCUGCAAGAUAGGCCUUGGUCAAGUUUCUGUGCUCCUUGAUUGUUGAGAAUGUGGACUCAUGCAAGUUAUGAAUGUUUGGAAAUCUGCAGUUCGUGAUAAUGAUUUGGGACUCAUCCAAGUUAUGUAAACUUUACAAUUAAUGUAGCUAAAUUAGCAAUUGGGUUUGGAUUUGAGGUCUUUUUUCCUAUAUUUCAUGUUAAGUACUUCAGCUAGAUUGCAGAGUGCAGUUCACAUUUUAGACUCUGGCCUGAGAUUGAGGACUUGUCUGUUUUAAACUGUAACAACCGCAAACAGGAAGAUUUGACUUCCCAAGACACCAAAAGAAAGACAAUAAUUUUCUUUCCUUUCCAA